UCCAUAAGCGCCUAACCAAUAGCAACGCAUCUUAUUUCGACCAAUCGCAGAGUAGAAGUCUAGUCGGGUCCCGUGCUAGCUAACCAAUAGGAUACUUCGAAACAGGCGUCAGCGUCACUUCACUUCACUUUGACUUUCUCCUUUGUUGUGUUCUGUCGAUCGCUUGUGUAUUUUCCAGUUCAAUUUUUGGAAUUUUCUAAAGUAUGGCACGUACAAAGCAGACUGCCCGUAAAUCUACGGGAGGAAAAGCGCCCCGUAAACAGCUGGCCACAAAGGCGGCAAGGAAAUCUGCCCCAUCCACAGGAGGUGUCAAGAAGCCUCAUCGUUACCGUCCUGGUACAGUAGCUCUCCGUGAGAUCAGGAGAUACCAGAAGUCUACUGAAUUGCUCAUCAGGAAACUGCCUUUCCAGCGAUUGGUUAGAGAGAUUGCACAAGACUUUAAGACCGAUCUGCGUUUCCAGUCUGCAGCUAUCGGAGCCUUACAGGAGGCUAGUGAGGCGUAUCUGGUAGGUCUUUUUGAAGACACCAACUUGUGCGCUAUUCACGCAAAACGUGUCACCAUCAUGCCUAAAGACAUACAGUUGGCACGCCGAAUUCGAGGAGAGAGAGCGUAAAUCACAAUUCUCUUAAUCUUAAUGCAUACAUUUAUUGUAGAAUUCAAUGUUCAUUUCUUGUGAGUGUCCUGCCAAGCAGUUAUAGCUAAAGGCAUUUGAUCAUAGUGGUGACACUUUGUUAAAAUGCUUUGAAACAUAACUUGUUACUGUAUUCAUCAUCCAUCAUAAUAUAUAUCAUAUAUUAAAUUACUCAUUGUACUUUUAUUGGUUGUCAGUAUUUAUGAACAUUUAUCAUUUAGGAAGACAUCUGGUAAAAUGAAUAUUUCAAUCUGACAGCAUUUCUACAGUUUGACUAGCAUAACAGACAAACACGUGUUCAAAUUUGUCAUUUAUACAGUGUUUUGCAGGAGUAUGUGUGUAGUGUAGUUUCCUUUUAUUUUGUCUAAGUUAGAAAUGUAAGGUCUUUUUUAAUGUAUAAUGUACAACCUUGAAUAAAUAACAAAACAUGAGA